UCCCUUCUUGCCCUGUCUUACCACUUGUAUUGUUUUACAUGUUUGUGAUACUUCACUUGGCUCAUUAUUGUGAUCCUUUAUUUUAGAUUCAAUGAAUAUCUUGGAUCCUGAAGAUGAGGAGGAGCACACUCAGGAAGAAGACAGCAGUGGUAGCAAUGAUGAUGAAGAUGACAGUCAAGAUGAAGAGGAGGAAGAGGAGGAAGAUGAUGAUGAUCAGGAUGAUGAAGGUGAAGAGGGAGAUGAGGAUGAUGAGGAUGAGGAUGAUGAGGAGGAUGAUGAGGAGGAUGAGGAGGAUGAGGAGGAUGAGGAGGAUGAUGGAUCUGAAAUGGAACUGGAUGAAGAUUAUCCUGACAUGAAUGCUUCUCCUCUAGUCCGGUUUGAGCGCUUUGAUCGAGAAGACGACCUCAUAAUUGAGUUUGACAACAUGUUCUCCAGUGCUACAGACAUACCCCCAUCCCCAGGAAACAUCCCUGCUACACAUCCACUGAUGGUACGGCAUGCAGACCAUAGCGCACUUACACUUGGUAGUGGCUCUUCUACUACUCGACUUGCACAAGGCAUUGGUCGAAGCCAGAGAACAUUAAGGCAAUUGACUGCCAACACAGGUCACACGAUCCAUGUUCACUAUCCUGGAAGUAGACAGCCCAAUCCUCCUCUAAUUCUGCAGAGGUUGCUUGGUCCCUCUGCUGCUGCGGAUAUUCUUCAACUGAGUAGCAGUCUCCCCUUGCAAAGCCGGGGACGAGCUCGCCUCCUUGUGGGUAAUGAUGAUGUACAUAUCAUUGCUCGUUCAGAUGAUGAAUUGCUUGAUGACUUCUUCCAUGAUCAGAGUACAGCUACAAGCCAAGCAGGAACUCUUUCUAGCAUUCCCACAGCCUUAACCAGAUGGACAGAAGAAUGUAAAGUUCUUGAUGCUGAGAGUAUGCAUGACUGUGUUUCUGUGGUAAAAGUGCCCAUCAUCAAUCACUUAGAAUCUCUAAGGGAUGAGGAACUGGAGGAGAGACGAGAGAAAAGAAGGAAACAGCUUGCUGAGGAAGAAGCUAAGAUAGCUGAAAUGACUAAAGAUGAGAAAGAGAAGGAUCAGAAUGCACAGGUUACUACAUCUAAAACGGAUGAUACUGCUGAACAGAAUCUUUCAGAUAGCACUAUCAAGCCUGAUGACUAUCCAACUACAACAUGUCCAGCAGACGGCAUCUCUGUUAGACCCAAAGAGUCUCUUAUUACUCUGGAAACUUUGCCAUCCCCACCAGCUGUUGGAGAACUUUCUCAGCAGCUUCAUGUCCCUGAUACACCAGAAUCAUCUUCACAACUUCUUAUACCUAUGGAACAAGACGUCUUAGAUCCCACAAGACCAAUUGGGGAAACAGAGGCAAUACAAAUGGAGUUAUCACCAGCUCCCACAAUAACCUCAUCUCCAGAAAGAGCUGAGGAUUCAGAUGUUCUAACUGCUGUGAGCAGCCACUUGGAAGGCUCCCCUAUGGAUACUAGCAGUCUGGCUUCCUGCAACUUGGAGGAGGGAGUUGGGGACAAUGUAGUAUCCAGCAGCAUAGAGCAACCUGGGGUAGACACCAGUAGUACUGUGGAUAUUCCUCAGCCCAGUACAGAAACACAGGGCAGUGGAGAUGGACCAAGCGAGUCUCAACAACAGACUGAAGACAGCUCUCCUCCAGCUUCAUCUUCUGAAAGUUCCUCCACCCGAGAUUCUGCUGUUGCCAUUUCUGGUGCAGAUUCCAGGGAUAACCUUGAAGAACCAUUACCUUCAACAAGCAGUGAAGAAGAAGAUCCUCUUGCAGGUAUCAAUCUUCCUGAGGGUGUAGAUCCAUCUUUUUUGGCUGCUCUGCCAGAUGACAUCCGACGAGAAGUCUUACAAAAUCAACUGGGUAUUCGACCCCCUGCAAGAGGCACUCCAGCAACUACUAAUUCUGUUCCUCCUGUUGUUGGGAACCCCAGUUUGACCGAAGUGAGCCCUGAAUUCCUGGCUGCUUUGCCUCCAGCUAUUCAAGAAGAGGUGUUAGCACAGCAGAGAGCUGAACAACAGAGGCGAGAACUAGCACAAAAUGCUAAUUCAGACACACCAAUGGAUCCAGUGACCUUCAUCCAGACAUUGCCAUCUGAUCUUCGCCGCAGUGUUUUGGAAGACAUGGAAGACAGUGUAUUAGCUGUUAUGCCACCGGACAUUGCUGCAGAAGCCCAAGCCUUACGGCGGGAACAGGAAGCCCGGCAGAGACAGCUUAUGCAUGAGAGAUUGUUUGGGCAUAGCAGCACUUCAGCACUAUCUGCCAUCCUUCGGAGUCCAGCUUUCACAAGUCGCCUGAGUGGUAACCGAGGAGUUCAAUAUACACGACUUGCUGUCCAAAGAGGUGGCACUUUCCAAAUGGGAGGAAGCAGACCUUCAGGCAGUAAUAUGGAAAGUCUACUCCGUCUCCGCGGCCGUCUCCUUUUGGACCAUGAAGCUUUGUCUUGCCUUCUGGUCCUUCUUUUUGUGGAUGAACCCAAACUAAAUACAAGUCGCCUGCAUAGGGUCCUGCGUAACCUUUGCUAUCAUGCACAGACACGACAUUGGGUAAUCCGGAGCCUGCUUUCCAUUCUUCAGCGUAGCAGUGAAAAUGAAUUGUGCAUAGAAAUCCCCAAGUCAGUUGCUGCUGAGGACAAAGGGAAGAAGUCAUCGAAAGGUGGUACCUCAGGGAGCCUUGAUGGCCGGUCCCUGGAUCUAUUGCAUAAAAUGGAAUCUAAGAGUUCCAAUCAGCUUUCUUGGCUCUCUGUGUCUAUGGAUGCAGCCCUGGGCUGCCGAACAAAUAUUUUCCAGAUUCAGAGGUCAGGAAGUCGAAAGCACAUGGAGAAACAUACUGGCUGUGGUUCCACUGUCCAUAUCCAUCCUCAGGCUGCACCAGUGGUCUGCAGACAUGUUCUAGAUACACUUAUUCAGUUAGCCAAGGUAUUUCCCAGCCAUUUUACACAACAACGGACCAAAGAGACAAAUUGUGAGAGUGACCGGGAGAAGAGCAACAAACAGGCUGGCAGCCCAUGUCCUGGGCAGUCCUCCAGUAGUGGUAUCUCUACUGACUUUUGGGACUUGUUGGUAAAACUUGACAAUAUGAAUGUUAGCCGGAAAGGCAAAAAUUCAAUCAGGUCUGUACCAGUGAGUGCUGGUGGUGAAGGCGAGACAUUUUCAUAUAGUCUGGAAGGCUCACCGCUGGGGCAGCUCAUGAAUAUGUUGUCCCACCCAGUCAUUCGACGGAGCUCUCUCCUGACUGAGAAGCUUCUCAGACUCCUAUCUCUCAUCUCCAUUGCUCUCCCAGAAAACAAAAUGCCAGAAGUACUGGCCAAUUCUGUCUCUGCUGUAGCCGCAUCUUGUACCAUGGCCACCACCACCACAGUUGCCGCUGCUCCUGUCACACCUAUCCUUGCCUUAGAUGUAACUGGGGCUGCUGAAUUGACAACUUCAAAUAAUGUUUCAAUUACUAGUACUAAGAACAUCAAAGCCCCUGCAAAGUCUGGUGAAGGGGGAAGUGGUGGCAGUGCUGACAGAAUAGUGGCAGCAGGUCUAACAGAAAAUCAGCUCCAACUCUCCGUGGAGGUAUUGACAUCACAUUCCUGCUCAGAGGAGGGACUAGAAGAUGCAGCCAAUGUUUUAUUGCAACUCUCCAGGGGAGACUCCUUGACCCGAGACACUGUACUCAAAUUGCUUUUGAAUGGUGCCAGACACCUGGGUUAUGCCCUCUGCAAACAAAUCGGGACCCUUCUAGCUGAACUUCGAGAAUACAACUUGGAACAGUUACGUCGAACCCAUUGUGAAACUCUUUCUCCAGAAGGUCUGCCUGAAGAACAGCCACAAGCCACCAAGUUAAAAGGAAAGAUGCAGAGCAGGUUUGAUAUUGCUGAGAAUGUGGUGAUAGUAGCUUCUCAAAAACGCCCUUUGGGUGGCCGAGAACUACAACUACCUUCCAUGUCCAUGCUGACAUCCAAGACAUCCACACAGAAGUUUUUUCUACGAGUACUCCAAGUUAUCAUUCAACUUCGAGAUGAUACUAGAAGGGCUAAUAAGAAAGCCAAGCAAACAGGCAGGCUAGGUACCUCAAGCUUGGGCUCAGCUAGCAGCAUCCAAGCAGCUGUUCGGCAGCUGGAGGCUGAGGCCGAUGCCAUUAUACAAAUGGUACGUGAGGGUCAAAGGGCACGGAGACAGCAACAAGCAGCCACGUCGGAGACAGGACAGUCAGAAGUUUCUACUCGAAGAGAUGACUCUCCCAUGGAUGUGGAUCAACCAUCCCCUAGCACUCCAGAGGUGCAAUCUGUUGGAGUUCAACAGGGAGAGAAGGAAAAAGAGGAAAGACCUCCAGAUCUUCCAUUACUCAGUGAACAGUUGAGCCUGGAUGAGCUUUGGGAUAUGCUGGGUGAAUGUUUGAAAGAACUAGAGGACUCCCAUGACCAACAUGCUGUAUUAGUGCUACAACCUGCUGUUGAGGCUUUUUUCCUAGUACAUGCCACAGAACGAGAGAGCAAACCACCUGUACGAGAUACCCGUGAAAGCCAACUUGCCCACAUCAAAGAUGAACCUCCACCACUUUCUCCUGCCCCUUUAACCCCUGCUACUCCUUCCUCUCUGGACCCAUUCUUCUCCAGGGAGCCUUCAUCUAUGCAUAUCUCUUCUAGUCUACCCCCUGACACACAGAAGUUUCUUCGAUUUGCUGAAACCCAUCGAACUGUGUUAAACCAGAUUCUCCGUCAAUCUACCACCCAUCUUUCAGAUGGGCCCUUUGCUGUCCUUGUGGACUAUAUCCGAGUCCUUGACUUUGAUGUAAAGCGCAAAUAUUUCCGCCAAGAACUAGAACACUUAGAUGAGGGUCUCCGGAAAGAAGACAUGGCUGUGCAUGUUCGUCGUGAUCAUGUUUUUGAAGAUUCUUAUAGGGAGCUGCAUCGAAAAUCCCCAGAAGAAAUGAAGAAUCGAUUGUAUAUAGUAUUUGAAGGAGAAGAAGGCCAAGAUGCUGGAGGACUUCUUCGGGAAUGGUACAUGAUCAUUUCAAGGGAAAUGUUUAAUCCUAUGUAUGCCUUGUUCCGGACUUCACCAGGCGACCGUGUCACCUAUACUAUCAACCCUUCCUCCCAUUGUAAUCCCAACCACCUUAGUUACUUCAAGUUUGUUGGGCGAAUUGUGGCUAAGGCUGUCUAUGACAAUCGUCUUCUAGAGUGUUAUUUCACUAGAUCCUUCUAUAAACACAUUCUGGGCAAGUCAGUCAGGUACACAGAUAUGGAGAGUGAAGACUACCACUUCUAUCAAGGCCUAGUCUACCUGCUGGAAAAUGAUGUCUCUUCACUUGGAUAUGAUCUUACUUUCAGUACUGAGGUUCAAGAGUUUGGAGUAUGUGAGGUAAGGGAUCUCAAGUCAAAUGGAGCUAAUAUUCUGGUAACUGAAGAUAACAAAAAGGAGUAUGUACAUUUGGUUUGCCAGAUGAGAAUGACAGGAGCAAUUCGAAAACAGCUGGCUGCCUUUCUGGAAGGUUUCUAUGAAAUUAUCCCCAAGCGCCUCAUUUCCAUCUUUACUGAACAAGAACUAGAACUUUUAAUCUCAGGACUUCCCACAAUAGACAUUGAUGAUCUAAAAUCAAACACCGAGUACCACAAGUACCAGUCUAAUUCUAUCCAGAUCCAAUGGUUCUGGAGAGCUCUUCGGUCUUUUGAUCAGGCAGAUAGAGCCAAGUUUCUCCAGUUUGUUACAGGCACUUCCAAGGUGCCUCUUCAGGGCUUUGCAGCACUUGAAGGAAUGAAUGGUAUUCAGAAGUUUCAAAUUCACCGUGAUGACAGAUCCACAGACCGCUUACCUUCAGCUCAUACUUGUUUUAAUCAGCUGGACCUACCUGCUUAUGAGAGCUAUGAGAAGUUACGCCAUAUGUUGCUGUUGGCUAUACAGGAAUGCUCAGAGGGCUUCGGACUAGCAUAGUCCUAAGGGGGUAUGCAGCACCACUCCCCACUGUUGCUAUUUUUUUCUAUUCUCAGACUUGGGGAAGGAAAGAAGAAAAAAGGAAACUUUUUCCCAAAAAAUAAAAACCUUAUCCCAAAACAAAAAGACCACAGAAGAAAGCGUAACCAAUAAAUAAAUUAA